UCAAUGUCACAUAGCCAUUAUGAAUUCGACCAAAUAUGUUCUUUAUCAUCACUUUAUUCUUGGUAAUUACUUUACUCUAACGAUAUUGAUAAUGACAUAAUUUAAAUAUCAACAGUUGUUUUUUCGAGUUCGUCAAUAACUCCUGAAAAUAUGAACUUGCUGGCUUCGUUUUCUAUACUUUGCUUUAUCACAACUGAAUAUGUGGUCCUAUCAGCCUCCCUCGAUGAUGCUGCAGAACAGGUCCACAAAGGAGUGGACGAUGUUGUGAAAGGUGCAAUCAAGGCUGGAACUGAAAUUAUAGGAAAACCUGUAAACAUAAGCGACGUUAAAUAUUUCCUUCUAACUUCCAAAAACGGCCCUGAUGUGAUUAAAAAGGUCGAUCCAUUCGAUCCUAGUAAGGUUGCAGAAACUGAGGGGAAUAUAUUCUUUUUCGUUCACGGUUGGUCGCAGAAUAGGACCGCCUGUCCAUGGUAUAAGCCACUUUCCCAAUUGCUUCUGAAGAAGUACCCUGACGCUCAUAUUGUGCAGGUAGAUUGGGGUAAACCAGCUGGUGAUAAUUAUGCUUCUGCUGCCAUCCAUGUGGAAAAAGUUGGUAGGAUCAUUGCAAAUGUCAUCCAAAGACUGGUCAAAGAGUUCGACGUCGCCUUAAAGAAAAUAGUCCUGAUAGGCCAUUCUCUGGGUGGCCAGGUAGUAGGAUGGACUGGUAAGGAGUACCGCAAGGCGACGAACGAGAAACUCCCAAGAAUAAUAGCGCUAGAUCCUGCUGGACCACUCUUUGAAGUACGCCCAGAAACUAGGACACUGAACAAAAACGACGCUGACGUUGUUUUUGUUGUUCACAGCGAUAGAAACAAAUUUGGUUUUCCCUCACGUUGUGGAACCAUUGACUUUUAUCCAAAUAAUGGCGAAGAUCAGCCUGGGUGCUUGAAGUUCAAUAUGACAGAAGAUUUGUCGUUCGAUAAGUUGGCGGAGCCAUUAUGGUGCAGCCAUAGAAGAGCCCAUUAUCUCUUCGUAGAAACACUCAAGCAUCCUGAUGGUUUCAUAGCAACCGAAUGUAAAAACCAUGAAGAUUACAAACACCAUAAAUGUGAUGGAAAUGAAAAAGUUUCAAUGGGUGAUUGGCAAACCAACAAAACUGGUUUGUUCUUUGUCGAAACCUCUGGAAAAGCACCUUACAUCAAGAAAUCUACAUCAAGCGAAGAAGACUCUCUGGAAUUGUAAAAUCUGAAUUAUAAC